AUUAACAAUGAUAACUUAAGAAAAAUUUAUUGUCUUGUCUGCAAUUAUUAUUUAUUGUUAAGUGCGACAUAAAAAUACCAUAGAAAGAUUUAAAAAAUAAUUUUAAUAUAUCGUUAAUAUCACAAGCAUUUAGAUUUUUUGUUACCAAGUGCGUAUUAUGGCAUAUCUUCUAACGUUACUUUGUCUGUCGGUGUACGCUAUUAAAGAUGUGCAAUCCCUUCAUAUGUACGUCACCAACAACGGGCCGGCAGUGGUUGGAUCCAAAAUAACGUUCACAGCUGUUGUAACUGAUUAUAAUAGUGAAUAUCUAAAGUAUUCAUUCUACGAUAAUGCUCAGCCGCAACACCAAAAUUCGUACAUUAAUUCUACGGGAAUUAUGAAAUGGACUGUUGAGUACCCUAGAAGUUUAUAUGAAGCAGGAGAAUACACAGUCACAGUCUAUUUAAUGCAGGAUUAUAGCGGUUUCUGGAUCCAUGAGACUUCAAAUAGUACCACAUUUAAUUUAACAGCUUCUCUAAAUGGAAAACUAAAGCUCAGCCAAAGCGACCAGUUAAGGCCGAACAAAUAUGUGGCCGUUAACCAGCCUGUGAGUCAUUAUGUUGAAUUGCCAGAUAAUGAAAUUGAAUUCCUAAAGAGAAAUGCGUCCAGGGUCGUUACAUACUGGUUUAUAGAUUGCGCAUUAAUAGAUCAGACAACAGAUUUUUCAUUGAAUUAUACAUAUACCGACCUUCUGGGUGAUCAUUACAUUGAAGCAUUGGUGGUUGCUGAUAACGAGCCAUUACCGCCAUUGACUACGACCACAACGACUACUACAACUACAACGACAACAACGACGACCACUACAACUACAACUACUACGACUACGACUCCAACUCCUAAACCACAGUCUUCAUCAUUAUCACCUGUGAAUUUAACUAAUGACACACUUCCUGUUCACAAAUUAGUUAGAAGAGCAAUUUCAAACAAAACAACAAAAGAUAGUCCUGCAAAUUUUGUUUGUUACAACACUAGUAUUGUUCCUAUUGGUAAUAAAUAUACAUAUGGGCAUUAUCAGGAAACAAUUAAAGUUGCAGAACCAGUGUCAACAAUAAAUAUCUCGGGGCUGAACUGGCUUCAGCAUGGCGACCUUCUUCGUUUGCACGUCAAGUACUCUGGAACUCCGCCAUUCCAAUACUGUGUACAAUACAAAGUUGGCCAAUAUAAUGUAACUGGCAACGAAACCUGCAACACAAUGUCUCAAACCAAUUCCACGGAAUUUCCCCUCAUACACUACUUCUCAGGCAGCGAUCAACACACCGUUGUUGUUAUAAUACAGAAUCUAGUCACGAAGAAUGUAACCAGGGCUACAAUAAACAUUUAUAAAGUCACUGUUCAUGCGCAGUUGUCAGUUAUCGUGGUUCCUGUCGUGUUUUGUCUUCUCGCCGUAAUUCUGGUGGUAUUCGGAAUAGCUUAUUAUCAGCAUCGUUCACGGUACACCAUAGAAGUAGCAGAUUUCGAUUUCGGGCAAGCAUACCUCGACUACAAAACGUUUAGUGAACGUUUGAGGGACAGUUUUAGAAACGCAUUUAACUUCAGGCAAGAUGACACAGAUCCGUUAUCAUCCAAUACUAGAUAUAAUUCAAUGACAUAAUUUUGUUUUGUGGUUUGAUCACUAUAUGGUUAUUUAUGAGAAUGAGAUAGCACACUCCGACUAAGUCGUCCGGAUGAAAUAGAAAAUUUUCAAAUAAAGAUCUCAGGCUUAGAGGAGAGACUAUUUGGCUGAAUGUCCUAGUAUACAGAAAUUUGAGAGUACAGGUACUUAACCUUACACUUGACAUUGAGAAUCUUUCGAUAUUAAGUUUCGGUACACCUAGAUUGUUACCUAAAUUGUUUUUGUUACAACUAUCGCUAGUAAAAUAAAUAAACUAGUCCAAAUUGCUUGUUAUUUUCAAAUUUUAGUAAUUCUUUAAUCCGAAGCAUUGAAGAACGCUCUUACGUAUAUAUAUAGUCCGUACUUUGUGGGUUUACUAGGUCUCAACCAGGAGGACGUAUACAUUUAAAAUAUAUUUUGUGAUAAUAUGUAUAUUAGUGCAUUUUUUGUAUAGUUUUUAAGUUUGCUGUUAAGUAUUCGAGCAUAUAAUAUAAUUUUGUAUAGGAAGAAACAAAUUAAAAAGCCAAAUUAAUUUAGUCUCUUUAUAUUGUUUCUAGGAUUUUUUUUUGUUAACUUGGGAUUGCGUUAAUUAUUUUUUAUUGUCAAUAUUCGUGAUAAUUUGUCGUGUUAAUUAUUAUUAUUAUUGUAAGUCAUCACCAGUGGUCGGAAUUAGGUAGAGUUAUUCAUGUACUUACACUGAUUUCAUACAGCGAAAGAAUAAAGUGGAUAUGCCUCAAAUCCCGAGAUUAAUUUUAAAGAGCAGAAAAAAACCCGUGAUUUUUUAAAUAAAAAGUUAUUUACUUUUACACAAUUUAAACUACUGCACGCACGACGUUGCCAAACUUACAUCAAUGACAUCGGAUGUCCAAAGUUGCAAAAUACCAAUACGCGCGAUGUUGCCACGAAGGUCCACAUUAAUAUCAACAUUUCGAUGCAAGUACAUAAAUAACUCUACCCAAUUCCGACCUCUGGUCAUCACCUGAUAUAUAUUUUAUAGAAAAUUGAAUUUGUUUAUUUUCAAAAUGUAGGUCCAAAUAAUAUAUUUAAAAAAAUGGCGGAUUAACGACAGUUUUGUUAAUAAAAUAAAUACAUUUUUUGAAUGAUUUAUAAAUAACGAAAAUCUUCAAUAUGUUUAUUAAUACUUAUGAAAUAAACUGUUUACAAAUUUCUCAAACU